AUGGUGGAACCCACCAUUAUCUCCGAAUUGAAGAAACUUCUCCCUUUUCAGUAUUCAACUUUUUCUCCCAUCAUUUCAAAGAAUAUAAAUCUGAUUACAAAAUCUUCGUACUGCUUACCGGAAGGCACGACCCUCACUUACAUUAGCACUCUUUUUGGAAAGCCCACAUCGGAGAUUCUGAAGUACAACCCAAGCGUGACAAACCCCGACGCGAUUCACAGCCAAACGCGGAUCAACGUGCCGUUCUCGUGUGAAUGCUUAAACAGUGAGUUUUUGGGGCACACUUUCACGUACAAGAUCCAACGCGGGGACACGUACAAGAUAGUUGCGGCGAUUCAUUUCUCGAACCUCACCACGGAGGAUUGGCUGAGCAAGGUGAACAGUUACAUAUCCUAUGAGAUUCCUGAGAAUGUCAACAUCAACGUCACCGUCAACUGCUCCUGCGGAAACCGACAUGUGUCCAAGGAGUAUGGACUGUUCUUGACGUACCCGCUUCGGGUGGGUGAUGACUUGCAGGGGCUUGCGGCGAAAUCCGGUGUGCCGGCGGAGCUGCUGACACGGUACAACCCCGCCUCCAAUUUCAAUGCUGGAAAUGGACUCGUCUUCGUGCCGGCCAAAGUUGCUAAAUCCGCCCAAUUUCCUCUUCAUGUAUGGCUACCCGAUGCUAUGGAGGGACCUACCCCCAUUUCCGCCCUUAUACAUGCUGCUACUAUGGUAGCCGCGGGAAUUUUUCUUGUGGCUCGACUUCUUCCUCUUUUCAACCUGUACCUGUUUCUUCCAAACUUUUGCAGAUCAGGAAUAUCUAGCGGAGCCAUUGCUAGCAUAGCUGUUGGAGGAGCUGUUGGGGUCCUAAUUUUGGCACUUCUUCUAUAUGUUGGACUACACAGAAGAAGGAAAGUGGCUGAGGCUGAGGUAUCCCAUCUCCCAGUUCCAGGAGCAUCUGAAGAUCAGUGUAGUCCACUGUGUCAUGGUAUUGGUUCUGGAAGCAUCUUGGACAAGGCAUCGGAAUCUUCAGUUGUUGCUUCUCCAAGGAUGACUGGGAUUACAGUGGACAAGUCAGUGGAGUUCUCAUAUGAGGAACUAGACAAGGCCACUGAUGGCUUUAGUGUGGCUAAUAUAAUUGGUCAAGGUGGCUUUGGAUCUGUUUACUAUGCUGAACUUCGGAAUGAGAAAGCUGCAAUUAAAAAGAUGGAUAUGCAAGCAUCAAAUGAAUUCCUUGCAGAACUAAAGGUUCUAACGCAUGUCCAUCACUUGAACUUGGUGCGGUUAAUAGGAUAUUGUGUUGAGGGCUCCUUAUUUUUGGUUUAUGAGUAUAUUGAGAACGGCAAUUUAAGACAACAUUUGCGAGGCUCAGGGAGGGAUCCGUUAACAUGGGGAGCUAGAGUUCAAAUUGCCCUUGAUGCAGCAAGAGGAUUGGAAUACAUCCAUGAGCAUACAGUUCCUGUCUACAUCCAUAGAGAUAUUAAAUCAGCAAACAUUUUGAUAGACAAAAACUUUCGUGCAAAGGUUGCAGAUUUUGGUCUCACAAAAUUGACGGAGUAUGGUAGUUCUUCAUUACAAACGCGUCUUGUGGGAACCUUUGGCUAUAUGCCUCCAGAAUAUGCACAGUAUGGUGAUGUUUCCUCCAAAGUAGAUGUAUAUGCUUUUGGAGUUGUUCUCUAUGAACUCAUAUCAGGCAAAGAAGCUAUCGUCAAGACAAACGAUCCCGAGAACGAAUCAAAAGGACUAGUCGCCUUGUUUGAAGAAGUUCUUGGUCUGUCAGAUCCAAAAGAAGAUCUUCGUCAACUUGUUGACCCUAGACUUAGUGACAAAUACCCUCUUGACUCAAUAUUUAAGGUGUCUCAGCUUGCGAAAGCAUGCAAAAUCCCAAGAUGUUCCAGAGAUUUUGGAAGUUCAAGAAGGAGAACGGUUGAAGAAGACGAUACUAUGAAAUCAAAGGCUAAAAGGGAAGAAGACGUUUUGAGUGAUAAAAUGUGGACAACUGAUCGUCCUCUUAGGAAAGGACUAGAGCCCGGAAAGUUUCUUACUGCAUUGAAGAAGAAAAGAAAAUUUGAAGACGAUAUCUUGGCUGACAAUUUGGACGAUGAUGAAAUUGUUGUUCCUUCAAACCCAAAUUCCCGAAGCAAAGCUAGAAAAAUUGAUAAUCGUAAGGUAUCCCAAUCUGUCAAUAGCAGACAUUUCAAAAGAGUGUCCCUUUUGCCAAAACAAUUGCAAUUGCAGUGUUUGUUUGCGUUCAACAGGAAUGAUUGUGUUUCAAUAUGUGAAUGGGGAUUUGAUUAUAUGCAUGGUGGUGAUCCAUUACCAGUAUCUUGUAAUUUAGAGCCUUCAAGAGGUCAUGCUAAGAUAUUUACCAAAUGGAAUGCCAAUAGUGAUGGAAGUAUUAGAUGUGCACCAAAAGAAAUGGGAGGCUGUGGUGGCCCUGUGAUGGAGCUGAAGCGCAUUCUUUUAGAUGGGUGGAUAUCAGACUUGGAAGACAAAGCUCGUAACCUGCUAAAAGCCUUUUGCAAAACUGAACAAACAACUCUUCAGAAAGAAGCAAUAUCAACUUGCAAUUCUAAGAUAAGAGCAGCUUUUAGAAAUGACACAAGUGAUAAUAACUUAUACUGUCCAUUUUCAAGUGACCUCAUAAAUAAAGGGCUGCAUCUCUUCCAAAAACACUGGACUCAGGGCGAACCAAUCAUUGUUCGUGAUGUUCUUAAGCAGGGGACGGGUCUUAGUUGGGAGCCAAUGGUCACAUUGCGAGCCCUGAGUGAAAAUGUGGUUCCAGGAAGCAGCUCAAAUAUGACAGAAUUGAAGGCCAUUGAUUGCCUUUCUUCUUGUGAGGUAGAAAUCAGUGCUGGUGCAUUCUUCAAGGGUUAUACCCAAGGAAGAACAUACAAAAAUCUGUGGCCAGAGAUGCUAAAGUUAAAAGACUGGCCUCCCUCUGACAAGUUUGAUGAUCUUUUGCCUCGCCAUUGUGACGAGUUUAUCCACUGCUUGCCAUUUCAAGAGUAUUGUGAUCCUCGAGCUGGGAUCCUCAACCUUGCUGUAAAGUUGCCAUCCCAUGUUCUAAAGCCAGACCUUGGUCCAAAGACAUAUAUUGCUUAUGGAAUUACAGAGGAACUUGGCAGGGGAGAUUCAGUUACAAAACUUCACUGUGACAUGUCUGAUGCUAUGAGCAUUCCUAUGGUUAAUAAUUUUACAUUCCUUGUUACUUUGCCUAGUUUAAAGGUUGUUUUUCUAUGGGUCUGUAAAGAUUGUAAAGCUCGCCUUGACGAAGAACUACGCAAAGACAACAGAGAAGAAAAUAAGUGUGCUAUCUCUAAAGAAUCAGGUGGUGCUCUUUGGGACAUCUUUCGGAGAGAGGAUACUGAAAAGUUAAAAGCAUAUUUAAGGAAGCACUUCAAAGAAUUUAGGCAUACUUAUUGCUCUCGGGUUGAAGAGGUUGUUCAUCCAAUUCAUGACCAAUGCUUUUACUUGACUUUGGAACAGAAGAAGAAUCUGAAGAAGGAGUUUGAACCUUGGACUUUUCAGCAACAACUUGGGGACGCAGUAUUUAUUCCUGCUGGAUGUGCUCACCAACUCAGGAAUCUUAAGGUGAAACAACUCUUGACACAUUGA